GGUGAAAGCAACGUUCCUUACUGUAUUCUAAACCUGUAUGCGGUUAGUCGUUUUCCGGUGUUUCUACAGUACGGAAGCGAUGGAGGACAAAACAGUUCGGCUCCCAAACGGGGAACUAAUACCAAUAAUUGGUUUUGGAACGUGGCAGGCACCCGAAUCGGAGUUGGAAGCUGCUCUGGAAAUCGCUUUAGAAGCUGGAUACAGGCACAUCGAUACAGCUCCAGCGUACGAAAACGAAAAAGUUAUUGGGAACGUUCUUAAAAAAUGGUUCACUUCUGGAAAACUAAAACGUUCCGACGUUUUCGUAGUUACAAAGCUUCCCCCUGUGGGAAACAGGCCAGAGGACGUUCAGAAAUGGAUUGAAAAAUCGCUGAAAGAUUUGCAGCUGGAGUACGUGGACCUGUAUUUGAUCCAUACUCCUUUUGGCUUCGAAAAACAAGACGGAUAUGAAAUGUAUCCGAUAGACGGAGAGGGUCACCUCUUACUCGACUGCAGUACGGAUCAUGUAAAGAUUUGGGCGGAAAUGGAGAAGCAAGUCGAAGCCGGACGGACCAAAGCGAUCGGACUGUCGAAUUUCAAGAUCUCCCAGAUCGAACGAGUCUUGGAGAAGGCGAAGAUAAGCGUUUCGAUGUUACAAGUCGAGUUACACGUUUACCUCCAACAGUGCAAAUUGGUGAACUAUUGUAGACAGAAGAAUAUUCCUAUGACAGCUUAUUCGCCGCUUGGUACGCGAGGUUUUGUCAAGAAGAUGAACAAAGAAGAUAAGAUACCAGAUAUGUUGAAAAACAACAUAGUAUUAGAAAUAGCAAAGGCCUACAAGAAGACACCCGCACAAAUUCUACUGCGAUACCUCGUUCAAAACGGUAUCAUUGUCAUCCCAAAGAGCACGAAUCCCGAAAGAAUCAAGGAAAAUAUCCAGUUAUUCGGCUGGGAACUCGAAAUCCGGCACAUGAAGGAAUUGAGACAGCUGAAUAUCGAGGGUGACGCCGGUAGGAUUUGUAAUUUCGAUUUCUUUGAAGGAAUCAAGAACCACCCCGAAUUCCCGUUUUAAACAUUUUUGUGUAAGAAUAUUUCCAUAGCAUUUGCAGAGUGUAUAAAUACAUCUACUGUUUGUUUUAUUUUCCCUCAAUUAUAAAUAAAAUAUGCUUCGAUAUAUGAUUCUAUAGAAUGCAUAUCAUGAUAAUUAUUAUUUCUUAUUUUUGAGAACUUAAUAAAAAUAUUUCUCUGCA